ACAGCAGGAGCUGAGACUGCACCUCAUGGGCGGAGCUAAAUUACCAUUCCCCACCCUCCUCCCCGACUGUUCCUGUUGUUGUUCCCUGGUUCUUCCAGGUUGUUUGGAGUCAUGGCGAAGGAUUAUGUCUUGUUAGCUGUUGUUUCACUGUUAUCUGUCGUCCAGCAGGCACAUUUUGCCAAGCAAGUAGGAAGUGCCAGGAAGAAGUAUAAAAUUGCUCCACCAUCAGUUACAGGAUCUCCUGAUUUUGAAAGAAUAUUUCGUGCACAGCAGAACUCUGUUGAAUUCUAUCCCGUGUUCUUGGUUGUAUUUUGGACUUCUGGAAUGUUCUUUAAUCAAGAAAUCACCUCGAUCUUGGGUCUUGUAUAUCUGUUUAGUCGACACAUGUACUUUACUGGAUAUGCAGAGUCAAUGAAAGGAAGGAUUCCUGGAUUCAAAAUUGGUAUCGCAGUGUUGUUCAUACUGUUCGGUCUUAGUUUUGUCGCGAUUACAAAUUGCAUGAUGGACAAGUAUUUUGAUUUCAAUAUAGCUAAAAAGAUCAGCAAAUUGUUUCCAUAAUGUGAAAGCUGUUGACUACAAAAGGGAAUAUUGCAUACUCUGCUUUAAAAUGAUUAUUAUGAAGACAUUCUCUGAAGCCAUUCUGUGAUUUUAUGUAUGUGACUUCAACAUGGUAAAAUAAAAACAGCAUUUUUCACAUCA